AUGUUCCGAUGUGCAUGGGGAGCUGUUCCAGAAGACCUCGAAGUUUGCUCUCAGGCACCUCACUACGGAAACGAGGUAUUUGAAAUCUUGGUGAAAAGGCAGCAUCCGGCAAAAUACCUCGAUGGAAUUCGAGAAGUUUUGAAGGCAAUGCAUCCUCAUUGCAGAUAUAUUUCCGACAGGAGAACGAUUCGAUUUUGGUGUCGGGCAUUCGACGUUAUCGACGUUACAAACUUGUCCGACUGCCCAGCCAAAGCCUAUCGAAUGAAGCUCGUUUUGUUUCUCUUAACGAAAAAGUCCUUCAAGCUAGAACCAGGGGCUCGCACAUAA